AUGCGCGCGAUCGCGUCCUCCGUUCGCCUCGCGCGCGCGCCCGCGGUGGGGCGUCGCGGCGCGCUCGAUGGACGCCGCGCGAUCGCGCGGCGCGCGAGCGAGGGCGCGACCGGGGCGCGCGUGGACGGUGACGAUGAUGAUGAUGACGUCGUCGAAUCUGCGUCCGAUGCGGAUGGGACGACGACGACGACGGCGACGACGACGGCGACGAUCGUCGAGGCGCCGGCGUCGAUGCCGGUGGACGCGAAGGAAUCGGCGACGCCGAUCGCGGUGGACGGGGCGUACGAGCUGCGACAGCGAACGACGCCGAAACGAUUCGCGGUGGCGGACGGCGAGCUCGGAAACGUGCUGACGGCGAGCGCGGGGAUUCCGCUGAGGUUGACGAGUGGAUUGGCGUGCCACGGGUACGGGGCGAAAAUCGUCGAUGGGGAGGCGCCGGCGGGGACGUACACGCUGUGGAGUGGGAGUGGACGUCGGGUGGAGGAGACGAGCGACGUCGCGAAAUUUCCGAAACCGGAAAAGACGCUCAAGUUGUACCAAUUCCAAGGAUGUCCGUUCUGUCGAAAGGUUCGCGAGGCGAUCGUGUCGCUGGACUUGGACGUGGAGAUUUACCCCACGCCCAAAGACGGGCCCGAAUACCGACCGUACGUUCGCGAGGUUGGCGGGAGGGCGCAGUUCCCGUACCUCGUCGAUGAAAACACCGGAAAGUCCAUGUACGAAUCCGACGAUAUCAUCUCGUACCUGUACGAGACGUACGGCCCGGGCAAGGCGAACAUUACACCUCUGUUGACGAAUCCGUUCACGAGCAUCACCGCCGGGUUCGCGAUGUUGCCGCGUCUCGGGAAGGGUUCGGCGUACAAGCCGUCCAAGAAACCAGAGAACAUGCAACCAAUCGUCUUCUAUGGAUACGAGGCGAGUCCGUUUUGCGUUCUCGUGAGCGAAAAGUUGUGCGAGCUCGAACUCCCGUACUUGAUGCGAAACUGCGGACGUGGUUCCCCCAAGCGUCAAGAGUUGUUCGAAAAGCGCGGAACGUUCCAGGUGCCGUACAUCGAGGAUCCCAACUUUGGCGUCGCCAUGUUUGAAAGCGCGGACAUCGUCGCUUACUUGCAAGAAACGUACGGCGCGUGA